ACAAGAGGAGAGAGAGAGACUCACUUGGUCACUCUAUCCUUAUAAUUGGAAAAAAAUAAAAGUAAACCCCCACAAAAUCCAACGAAAUUUGUGGGAAGUUAAUGGCUACUAUCCAUGUGCUUGAAUCAUCUAGAAGCAAAGACAAUAAUUACCACCAUACCCCUGCAGAAGAAGACGGCGACGACGAAGACGGCGGCGAUGGAAUGAAAGAGGAAACCAACUAUGAUUGGGACGGCCGUGGCCGCGGAGGCGGCAGAAAGCGGUCGGCGGAAUGGAACCGGGCGUUCCUACUGCUCUGCGCCGCCGGCCUAGUCGUGGACCCUCUGUUCGUCUACCCCCUCUCAAUCAGCGACGCCUGCAUGUGCCUCUUCGUCGACGGGUGGUUCGCCGCCGCCGUGACGGCUCUCCGUUGCGUCGCUGACGCCGUGCGCCUCCUCAACAUCUGUUUGCAAUUCGAUGCCCGCAUGAAGAGAAGCGGUAGCAAACGCCGUCACGCCGCCGCUUGGUCUUAUCUGAUUAACAAUGGUUUCAUAUUGGAGUUCUUCCUCAUCCUUCCACUGCCGCAGAUUGUAGUAUGGGUAGCAAUUCCAAGAAUGGUAAAGAAUGGAUCACCCACAAGGAUAAUGACAUUAAUGUUGAUCGUCUUUCUUGGCCAAUACCUACCAAAGAUGUACCAUUUCGUGCGCCAAUUGUGGCGAAUGCCAAACCUCUAUGGCUACACGGUUUGGCGUGGGAUUGCACUCAACAUGACUGCAUAUUGUGUUGCUUCUCAUGCAGUGGGGGCGUGUUGGUAUUUGCUAGGAUUACAAAGGGCAGCCCAGUGCUUGGAUCAACAAUGCGCUAUGACUCAGGGUUGCAGGCCCACAUUCCUGGCCUGUGAAGGCCCAAUUCUUUACGGAACAUCCAAUGCCAUUACGAGCUGCGGUGGCAGUGGCUCCGCCGUAGGCCGCCUCCGUACGCGGUGGGCGGAGGUGCACCGUACCAGGACGGCUUGCAGCUUUGACGGCGACGGCAGCGACGACUUUGCUUAUGGAACUUUUGAGUGGAGUGUUCAACUCGUAUCCAAUCCCAACCCUUUGGAAAAGAUUCUCCUUCCCAUUUUUUGGGGACUCAUGACACUUAGUAGUUUUGGGAACUUGAACUGCACGACAGAUGGGGUUGAAGUGGUGUUCAUGAUGGUGGUUCUCACUGCUGGACUGCUUCUUGUCACCAUGUUGAUUGGAAGUAUCAAGAUGUUUUUUAAUUCGACGAGUUCAAAGAAGCAAGCGAUGCAUUUGAGGAUGAGAAGCAUAGAAGGGUGGAUGAAGAAGCGGGGGUUGUCGUUGGAGGUGAGGCAGAGAGUGAGGAACUACGAGCGGCAGCGCUGGGCGGCGAUGCGCGGCGUGGAUGAGCGCCAAAUGAUAGGAGAUCUGCCCCAAGGCCUCAGGAGAGAUAUUAAAUUUCAUCUCUGCUUCGACUUAAUUAGGCAGGUACCGUUGUUCCAACAUAUGGAUAAUUUGGUCCUUGAACACAUAUGCGACCGUGUGAGGACCCUCAUCUUGACCAAGGGCGAAACCAUUACCCGAGAGGGUGACCCAGUGCAAAGAAUGCUGUUCAUAGUGAGAGGCCACCUGGAGUGUUACCAACACCUCCGGGAUGACGUCAGCAGUUUCUGCAUGUUAGGCCCCGGAAACUUCACCGGCGACGAGCUCCUCUCCUGGUGUCUCCGCCGCCGCCACUCCGCCGACCGGCUCCCGCCAUCCUCGUUCACGCUCGUCACCUUCGAGACCACCGAGGCGUUCGGCCUCGAGGCGGACGACGUCAAGUACGUCACCCAACACUUCCGGCACACGUUCGUGAGUGAGAGGGUGAAGAGGAGCGCGAGAUAUUACUCCCCCGGGUGGAGGACUUGGGCCGCCGUCGCCAUCCAGCUAGCGUGGCGGCGCUAUAAGCGGCCGCAGCCGUCGACACUGUCUUCGCUGCCGUUUAUGCUGCCACGGAGGCCGCCGGCGAGGAGCACCUCGGUGGAAGAAGAUCGCCUCAGGCUAUACACUGCUUUGUUGACUUCUUCUAAGCCUCAUGAGGAUGCGUUUGACUUCUAAUAAAUGUGUAAAGCCGCCAGCCAAUACGGAGUUAUAAUUCAAAUUGCUUCAUAUGUAUACUUGUCUCUCUCAAAUUUAUGGUACUAGUUUAAUUUGUUAUUUACUUUGAAUAUAUAUAAAUUAUAUUCCCUCCAAAACGAUUCUUAUUUUUUAUUUUUAGAAGAUACAAGGAAUGUAUAUUUAUGGUUGGCUUUCCAAGUUUACCUUAAUGUGAUGGGUAAAAAUUAAAAACAUGACGUAAUAGGUAAGGUAAGAAAAGUUAGUAAAAAUG